UCUAAGGAACCGAGUGAUGGCGUCUGAGAAAGAUAAAAUUCGUGUUGAAGAGAAAUUGAACGAUAUUCUGCCAGAUGUAGAGAAAACACAGGAGAAGAUCAACGAAACAGUGUUCCAGAUAAAUGAUGUUAAAAAGGUUAACGCUGACCUACAGCUUCAGGCUCAGAGGUUGAACGUGGAGCUAAAGGACAAAGUUGACAUCAUGGAUUCAAGGGUGAAGGAGGUCAAAUCUAGGAAACAGAUGGAGGUUACGGAAAUUGCUGGGAAGCUAGAGCGUGAAUAUGAAGACAGAGUACAGAAAGCUCUGGCAACCUUAAGAGAGGUUUAUGAAAACCAAGUUAAGGAAGGGAAGAAUGAGUUUACCAAGAAAUAUGAGAAAAGAGUUUCAGAUCUUCAGUCUGCCCUCUCUAAGGAGCGGUACAAGAAUAACUCCACUGGACAAGGGUUGGAUGAAACUAAUAGAAGAGUAACUGCUCUUUUAUCAAAGGUUAAAUACCUUGAAGAGCAGCGGGAAGGUCUUCAGGAUAGAAUAGAAAAUAUGGAAGAAAAACUGAGAGAGCAGGAUUCUGGACAUAAACGACAGACUGCACUGGAUAUGGAGAUUGCAGUUUACAGGAAACUCGUUGAAAGCGAGGAGGAUAGAUUGGGAAUAGAUAUCAGAGACGACAGUGAGUAA